AUGACGCGCGCGUGCCUCGUCGCCAUCGUGCUGACGCUAUCGACGACGGGGGGUUCGUGGCUCGCCUCGGCAGCCCCGCCCGCGAUCCCGCCGUGCAUACCCGGAUCGGCGAGCGACGCGCCCAACUGCUACCAGCUCCUGGACGUGCCGCUCACGGCGACGACCAAGCAGAUCAAGAAGGCGUACCGUCGACGGGCGCUGGACGUCCAUCCCGACAAGUGCGGCGCCAACUGCGGGGAGGAGGCCAACAAGCGCUUCGUCGACCUCGCCUUCGCGUACGAGACCCUCGGCGACGAAUCGACUCGAGGGAGGUACGAACGCGGCGGCGGGGUAUGGGCGCCGCGCGCCGCCGACGACGACGAGUCGUCGUCCUCGUCCAGCAUCUACGCGUCGCACUCCGACGCGUGGGCGCGAUCGCAGUUCGACCUCGCAAGGGAUCCGCUGCUGACGGUGCGGGGAUGGGCCACCCUAUUUUGCAUCGUCGCGGUUGGCGUCCUGGGCGACAGGUCCCUUCGCGCCGCGGAGAUCAGGGCCAGGCAGCGCCGGAGGAGCGGCGACGUCGCCGCGACGGCCGAGCGCGGCGUUCGGUCCGCCGCGCUCGCGAGGCAAGGGGACGAGCGACGACGUGUUAACGCGCACGUCAGCGUCAGCCGUCAGCGGAGGGAAGCGCGGAGGCGGGAGCUGAGGGAGGCGAUUCACGCGUCCUGGAACGCGCCUCGCGAGCUGUCGGAGGUGCUGUCGGACACCAACGUGGCGAACGCCGGACCGAAGUCGGCCCCUCGGACGUUACCGCGACGCGUCCAAAGCCUCAUCGAGGAGACGAGGGCCAUCGCGGCUUCGUCGGAAAAACUCGCAAAAGAAACGGCGAAGGCGGCGAUGCGAGCCAGCUUCGCGAGCGCGGAUGACGACCGUUACGACGACCGUUACGAUGACGCGGCGGCGUUGGCCCGCGAGAAGGUGACCGGGACGGACGCGGACGCCGGUGCAGCGGCGAUGGUUCGCGCCGUGCGGGGGCGGACGAGCGCCAACGCGUGGGAGUCGUCGGUGGUUGGCGAGGAGACGCUGCGGCAGGCUCUCAUCGCGUGGGGCAAGGACGCCGCCGCGAAGGACAGGGAGUGGACGAGGCGGCGUAGACGCGACGUCGAUGAAAGCGGCAGAACAAGCGACCAUCCCGGCGUCAGCGACCAUCCCGACGGGGGCGUCGCGGAGGAGCUCGCCGCGCUCGCCGAGUCGCUCAGGGAGUGGGGGCGGCUUUCCAGGGAGUUUGGUCGGUUGGCGCUGGAGCUGGUGGGACACGCGCGAAGGUGCGCGGCGGCGGUGGCGGCGGCGGAUCGCGUGCGCGCCGCCGCCGAGUCGUCGGCCACCAACCCGGGCGGCGCCGUCGCCGUGCCGUGGACCAAACAGGAGAAGGCGACGCUCAAAGCCGCGAUGGCCAAGUACCCCAAGGGACACUUAAGGCGCUGGGAGAUGGUGGCGAGGGAAUUCGAGGGAUCGCGAACCGUCGACGAGAUUCGUCGAUUCGUCGCCGAGAUGAUCGUGGCGGUGAGGAACAAGGACGCCGUGCUGGGCGCGGUGUCGAGAAACCCGUGA